CAUCAGAUCAUAGCAGCUCUUUUACAAUGAAAACCAAACAGCUCCAGUCAGCUGGAGCACAUUGACAAUAACUUUCAAAAGGAUCAGUCAACUAGCCACUGCAGCCAUUUUAUUAUUUUUUUCUAGCAAUGCCCAUCGCAGACCUGUUGGGAGUUCAGUUCGACAUGCAGCUGCUGUUGAAACUUAGUGUCUCUGUGGCUGCAGUGCUUCUGGUUUCUUGGGCUUACAAGUUCUACAGCUCCAGGAGUGUAAGGAAAAUUCAGCCUUGUGGCAUAGGCAACAAAGAGCCACAAAAUGGUACCUGUCAAAAUUGCAGGAAAUCCCUACGGCAUCAAAGCUCACCGGAACAUUGCGAGGAUGAUGGGGGCAAACAAUCCAAGUGCUUGUUUGCAGAUUCAACCACUGAUGACCUGUUAUCCAGCAGCACCAAGGAUGUACCAGCAGAACUUCCUCCAUUACCAGCUGAAAACAGUGAGGAGGAAUUUAGUAAUCCAAGUAGUGACCAGGAUAAAUGCAUGAAAGCGGAUAUACUCACUCAUGAGAAACAGCCACUGGUUGCCACGAGUAAUAUUUCCCUUGGAUCUGCUUUGAGCCUUCAAGAUCCAACAGAGUAUGGGAUGGCUAGUACGACAGGGCGCCGCUCCCCUUGCUUUUUGAAGAAGCUGGAGAGAAGUGUGGGUGUGGGCAGGGAGUUAAGGCAGGACUUGGAACACCAGGGGGUCUACUCCAGCUUCCUUUCCAAGGCAGAGAUCAAAGUAGACGAUGCCAACGUAGUGCUGGAAGGAUCAGAAGACCAGAUUGUGCAUGGAAAAAUAUACGACUACUACGUUGAGUCCUCCUCUCACUCAGUUACAGAUUCUAACACAGUGUUGGGUCAGUAUGAGGGGAUCAAGUCAAAGAAGGCGGAGUUUGGAAAACGUGGAAGUAGCCUCCCAGAGUCUCCUUCCUCUGUGAGCCCUAUCAUCAUACGUGAUGUGGUUCUUCAACAAAGAACUGUUGAGGAUGUCUCAUUACAAGAAACUCCAAAGUUAAGACACCCCGCAAAGCCUGCACUCCUACGUAAUGAGAGCUACAGGUCUGCAGCAGAAGAGUCUGAGCUUUCCAUUGCCUUUCAAACUUCAAGAGUCCAAACCCAAAUGGAUCAGCCUCAUCACCUGUUGAUGUCAGAGACUAUCUCUCUGCAAACCUCUAAAGAUAGCACAAGUCAUAAAGUGAAGGAGGUUGAUCUAGAAGCUAGAGCGGGGGCUCCAAUUAUGCACCUUCCAAAAGAAGUUUUUCAUGGCGCAGAUCUGGAAAAUGUAAAGAGUAAACUUGAUCUAGGUAACUGCUUAGAGACACUUUAUCUUGCCAAGAAAAAUGGCCAGAUGUCUGUGCAACAAAUGGCCCUCGGGGUCAUGUCAGACAACUACCUGCAGGUGCUCAGGGAUCCUAACCUUUAUGGGCGGUUAAUGGCAGGUGAAAGGGAACAAAUCCGGAAGCAGAGAAUGAGGGGAAGAAGGUUUGUCAUGGUUGCAGACAUGGACCCGCAAGACUGGCUGAGAAACAAAGAGGAGCAGAGAGCAAUGGCAGAACAGAGGAUCUCCAGUGCAAUGUACUAUUAUGAUGAGUACAAAGAUGACUGGCAUACUCUCUGCCUGAUCCCACAGGAGGUCAUCUCUAAAGCCUGUGCCAUGUGCACAAUGGAUAACUACUUAUUUGUGGCAGUGGGCUGCCAGGGCACAGACAGAAAAAUGACACCCUCAAAGCAAGUGUUUUGCUACAAUCCUUUGACAUCUAUUUGGAAAGAGAUCUGUCCUAUGAAUGAAGCCAGGCCUCGCUGCAAACUGGCUGCUCUGGAGGGCUACAUCUAUGCCAUCGGAGGGGAGUGCCUCUCCUCAGUCGAGCGCUAUGACCCACGACUCGAUAGAUGGACAUUCGUGGCUCCAUUACCUAAUGAUACAUUUGCUGUGGCACAUCAUGUCACUGUGUGCAGUGGAGAGCUUUUUGUUGCUGGGGGUACUCUUAGAUAUAUGCUACUGCGCUACAACCCCAAAAACAACACCUGGAGGCCAAGUCUCAUGGUAGGCAGCAAUGACAGAACUGCAGAUAUGGUGGCUGUGGGGAGAUUUAUCUAUCGGUUUGAUGUUAACCCACUCCUGGGUGUUAGUGUGUACCGCUACCAUACAGUGGCGCGACUAUGGUAUGAGUGCAGCUCCAAACGACUUCUACACUGCCCUGCCUUCCAAUGUGUUGCAAUGGAUGGCUCAAUCUACUGUAUCAGCCGGCAGUUCACAAUAAGGUUUGAGGCUGAUGACAUCUCUCCAGCUUUCUCAGAUGAAGAUUUGAGUGUCCUCUCUGGCGCCAAGGGCAUACUUUUCCCCUUUGUCCUUUCGCUACCUGAUAAGAAGCCUCGGCAGACAAGUGUGUAAAAACGAUUCAGUUUUCCAUUGAUGAUAAGAUUAGGUAGUGACUGAGUAUCCCUACAAGAGCAUAUUUUACAUCAAGUUUAUUGUUGACUGUGUGAAUUCUGCUUUGCACAUCCAGCCCUUGCCUUAAAUGUUAUUGCAAAACUGUAACUGUUGCACAUAUCAUUUAUCUGAGGUGGUAACCACAACACCACAGCAAAUUGGUUUCAUAAAUAACUUUAUUUUUCUUGGGUUAGGCAUUGCAGAAAGACUUGUCUGUUUCUUAUGUCUCAUCUCUAUCAGUAACUAAAAUGCAUUAGAGUGUUUAUAGUCAUCAAGCUUCUGUUUGCUUAGAUUUACGCAGCAUGUGCUGCCAUGUUAAUUGUUUGCUUCUUUGAUUUGCAACUUCUUCUUGCCAUGUUGCUCAUUUUAUAUCAUCUCAGAUGCUUAAUACUUCAUUGUAUAAGAUAAUUCAUAAAAAAUUCUCAGAGUAAAUGAGUUCAUUCCACUCUAACACACAGCAACUGGGCAAUAUAGUGAUCAUCUAUCACUGUGUAGGGCACAAAUAUAACUUACACAGCAGUCCAGAGACAAUGCCAUUAUCAAAAGUUGCUCUUUAAAUUUGACAGGAUGUAAAUGGGUGUGCCACAGAAUAUGAAUAGGUGAACUACUAAAUAAUUUCUCAGUAAGUUUACACUCAAAACUUUUUACUUGUUAUUUCUGUUGUUGUACUCAUCCUCCCAUCUUGAAAACAAUGCAUUUGUAUUUACUUUCACUGAGCAGAUUAUCUAUCUUUAUUUUUUUUUUAAUAGAAAAAAUUAAAAGACAUUAUUAAUUGCAUAUCAACCCACAAUUGGUGAUAAAGAAAUUAUCUUUUUGUUUGACUUAUAAGCACUAACAGAA